AUGGCAGAGGAAACUCCAGUGAAAGCGGUCCAGGUCAAACUCGUACUUCUAGGUGAAGCCGCAGUGGGUAAAUCCUCUUUAGUACUUAGGUUCUGUCAAGGUGAUUUCAACGAAAACACUUCACCUACCAUCGGUGCUGCCUUUUUGACGCAAAAAUGUAGACUGGAAAAUAGGAUUGUCAAAUUCGAGAUCUGGGAUACAGCAGGACAAGAACGAUUCCAUUCCCUUGCUCCUAUGUAUUACAGGAACGCUCAAGCUGCCGUAGUAGUAUAUGAUAUCACGAAAGCUGCAUCACUCGAAAAGGCAAAAGCGUGGGUCAAAGAACUUCAACGACAAGCAAAUGCGAAUAUCGUGAUUGCAUUAGUGGGAAACAAGCUCGAUCUCGUCUCUGAAUCCUCAACAUCACCAGCUCCACCUGCUUCGUCGGAAGCACCGGCCGAAGAAGAAGAGGAAGAAGGAUCUUCGGAAGAACCCUCUGCUACACCUACACCAAAUGAGACCGAAAGUGAUGAUGCUCGACAAGUAUCAACCGCCGAGGCAGAAGCGUACGCCAAGGAAAGUGGACUGUUGUUCUUUGAAGCUUCAGCUAAGACUGGACAUAAUGUAGGAGAAAUAUUCACUGAGAUUGCCAAAACGAUCCCAUUCGACACUAUCGUACCUAAAUCCACCACCAACACAUCAGGUAGCAGACGGUCAGGAAAUAACAACAACGAUAAUGGUAGUAACAAUAACGUUAAUCUCGGUGAAGGUCAACAAGCAAAGAAAGGUGGUUGUUGUUAG